AUGAAAAAAAAAAGAAAGUGUGGAAAAAAUGGACACAAUGGAAAUAAAAAUACAGGGGGGGAAUUAAGAAAUGUAAAAAGAAAAAUAGACGAAGAAAAUAAUACAAAAUUGGAAGUAUCAUUUUAUGGGCAUAGAAAUAUUUUACUUAAAGAUAUUCAAAAUUUUAUAAUAAAUUUAAGAAUAAAUAAAAAUAUUUUAAAAAAUAAUAUUUUUCAAAUAAAAAACAAUGAAAAUUUAACAAAUUUAAUAAUUAUGAUAAUACCUAAUUUAUCUUGUACAUAUAUAAGAGAUAUAACAACAGAUAAUGUUUUUAACAAAUUACAAAAAAAUAAUAAUUUUAGAAAAAUGCAAUUAGAAGAAAAUUGUGUAAAAAGCUCUUAUAGUAAUAUUAUUGCUAAAAUGUUAAAUAUACCAGUAUUCAAAAAUAAAGAAAAAACAAACAAUGUUGUGAAUUUUAAUAUAGAAAAUUUUUUAUUAACAAAAGAACAGAUGUUUUUAAAUAGAUACCCUAAUUCAGAUUCUGUUAAUUAUAUUAAUUUUGAUAAUAUUGACUAUAAAAAAAAAAAAAAAAAAAUUUCUGAUAUAAAAAAUUAUUUAUUUUCCUCUGUCAAUUCGGUGUAUAUUUCUACCCAUGAACCCAACUUUGAACCAAACAACUCUGAAAACAUCUCAGCAGAUGCACAUACUCCAAAUGGCAACACUAUCCAUGAUACAACUUCAAAAACUAAUUAUGUAAAAAAAAAAACUUUUACAGAUGAGCAUAUAGAAAUAUAUGCAAAAAUAUUAGAAAAACUUAUAAAUACAUCAUCGUCCAUAAGAUUAGAAAAAACAAAUAGGCAAUUAAGUUCAAAACCAAAAGUGGAUUAUCAAAAUAAUAAAAGAAAAAGCGAUGAAAUAAAAGAAAAUGUUGAUGGUAAUUCAAAAAUUAUAAGGAAUACAUUAUUAAAUGAUUGUAAAAUUGAUGAAAAUACUGAAAUGAUUUCUAAUGGUAAUAAUGAAGAUAUGGCGAAUCAAAAUAACAAAGCAGAUCUUAUAUGUGAUAAAGAAAGUGAAGAAACUAUAUAUGACAAUAUUAUAGAUGUAGAGAAUCAUGAACAUAAAAUAGAAACUAUUCUUAAAACAGAAUCAAAUCAAGAAUCCAAUACAAACAAAUUUGAAUUUGAUUUAAAUAAUAUUUUUAGUGUAGAUUGUGAAAUGUGCGAAACUUCAGGGGGGUAUAGAGAACUUACAAAAGUUACAAUAGUAGAUGCAUAUAUGAAUAUAAUUUAUGAUUCAUAUGUACUACCUGAUAAUAAAAUAACAAAUUAUUUAACAUUAUAUUCAGGAAUAAAUGAAAACACAUUAAAAAAUGUUCAUACAAAAUUAACAGAUGUACAAAAAGAACUAAAAAAUAUAUUAAAUAAUAAAUCAAUACUUGUUGGACAUUCUUUAGAAAAUGAUUUACAUGCUUUAAAAAUUAAACAUGAUUAUAUUAUUGACACUUCAGUUAUUUAUUCUAAUAAUAAUUAUAAUUUUUUAAAACCUUCUCUGUUUAACCUUUCAAAAAAGCAUUUAAAUAUUACAAUGGAAAGGGAAAACGGACAUAAUUCAAUAGACGAUGCUCGAAUUAGUAUGUUUCUAGCAUUAAAAAAGAUUAGCGAGUUUGAUAAUUCAGAAACUUAUUAUGGAUUCCAUCCACUUCCAUUAUUUAUGGAAAAAAAUAAUUAUUUAAAUGUAAAGAGUAAUUUUAUUAGUGAACAAGAUAUAAAUUCAAAGUAUAAUAAAAAUAUGUGUAUAUAUGAUUCUAAGAAUAUAUAUAUUGAAGAAAAAUUUUCAAAAUAUAUAAUGCGAAACUGUUUUUAUUGUCCAUGUGAAGAUGAUGAAGAAUGCAUAGAAAAUCUUAUAAAUAAUAUAAAAAAUGAAAAUAAAAUAAAAAAUUAUAUUUUAAUAUUAAGAGAAUAUGAAAAUUUAUGUAAUGCUAAAAUUUAUAAUUGUGUAAAAAAUUCAAAUAAUAAAUCUUUUAACAUUGAAGACAAUGAAAAGUUUUUUGAUAUUCCAACAAGAGUUGAAACAAAUGAUAUAUUAAAUAAAUUAAGUAAAAAUAUAGAAUUUGUUUAUAAUAAUAUGAAAGAACAUGAUGUUUUAAUUUUGUUAUCAUAUAGUAAUAAUUAUUUGGCUAUUGAAAAAAUUAAAGAUACUUUAAAUUUAGCAAAAGAAAUAUUUUAUUCAGAUAUAAUAAAUAUAGAUGAUAAAAUAAAAUAUUUAAAUGAAAAAAUUCAAAAUUUUCAAAAACAUAUUCAAAAUAAAAAAGAAAAUAAAGAAAUUGUAGAUAAAAAUUCAUUCUUUUUAGAGUUUAAGCAUUUAUUAUUUACUUAUGAUUUGCACAUUCUUAAUUAUUUAUAUCAACAUAAAAAUAGUGACAAAAACGCAUACAUAAUGAAUUCAAUAACUAAUUUGAAAAAUACUUUAUGUUUUAACACAAAGAAAAAAAACUACAAUGGUUGGUUUUCUUUACUUCUCAAAAAUUAA